AAUCAACUGUAACAGGAAAUACCUUGAAGUUAAUUUAUUUCACGUCUAUAAUGUGUUAUGAAAAAUAGUGACGCUUCUGAUGCCAAAGGAAAAACAUAAAAAAUCCGAGCAAUUCGUGAUCUAUUUUUUAAGACCCUGUUUUAUAGGUGAAAAGCGUCGACUCUUUAUUGUUAUGCAACGACGUUGUUAGGCAACUCGAGCCGCUCUCUGCACUCUGAGCCCUAACGUUAGCUAGCAGUGCUAACACAUCCAGUGCUAACGAGUUUCUCACAUUCGCUCGGGGUUGAAUCGAAAAUCGACGCUAACUUUUUGUUUUUAAAUCGCACGUAUAGCGUUUAAUCGUUUAAAAACAAUGUCUUUUUCUACGGCAGCGAGGAGAUUAAUCGGGUUAAGACUUUCUCACAGCUCAUGGAUACUUUCAAGGGGUGCCAAUACUUCUUCGAAAACUUUCUCUUCCCUGAACAGACUAUCCGAGCCGAGUAAAAGAGACAUAACAUCCUGUAAUGUCGUGCAGCCUCUCAGGGCGGAAAACAAGGUGACCGUCAAUUUCAUCAAUCGUGACGGAGAAAAGAUUACAGUCAAGGCUUCCCCUGGUGACACGCUAUUAGAUGUUGUUGUUCAACAAGACCUUGACUUCGAUGGUUAUGGAGCAUGUGAGGGAACUCUAGCUUGCUCCACGUGUCAUCUCAUCUUCGAAGAGGAGACAUAUAAACAACUCGGACCAAUUAGUGACGAGGAAAUGGAUAUGCUCGAUCUUGCCUACGGUCUAACAGAUACGUCUCGACUGGGUUGCCAGAUCUGCCUAACAAAAGCUCUGGAUGGCAUGACUGUGCGUGUUCCGGAGAGCUCUGCAGACAUCAGACAGUCCGAUGGCUCUGCCUAAUUUCUCUAUCCACCUUGUGCCUGUUUACCUACCAUAAACCGAUGUAACCUGAUCAUAAGAAAAGGCAAAACUUUUGCGUGAUUGUAUUGAUUGAGGUCCAGAAGAGCAUGAUUGAAAUUUAUCCAGUUCCUUCAUGGCUACAGCACUGGAUGUAGUUUAACAGCUCACUUACAGAGCUGCAUGGAGACUGUGAUCAAUUUAUCAACGUCUUUCUGACAAUAACGACGGAUCAUCAAAAUGUGCUAUAAAUUCUGUGAACGUUUCGUAUGUUGACUAAGUAGUUUCGAUCCAAUCCACAACAAAAUACGAUCUUUUUAAGAUUGUAAAAUGAGAGAUUUUCCUAUGGUGCGUUGUAAGUGCAAAAUAUGUUAACAAACCAAAACAGAAAAUAGACAAAAGUAGAGACUGUGGACACUGGAGAACUGCAGCAUGUUUACAGUAAGAGGAAAUAUGAGCCUCUUUCACUGAUGUGCUUCAUUUGAGCAUUCAUAUGAUGUUACUUUAUCAACUGUAUGUUUUGUGCACACAUGAGUUUGCGAAUGCAGAGAAGGAUCCAAAGGUUAUGAGUUAUUCCAAAUGAAGAAUGACUUCUUACCAGAAUAACAUCCGUAGCUUUUUCGAUAGUGAUGGACAGUGUUUUAUCACUGUCGAUCACUAUAUGAUCACUAUAUGAUGAUCAAUAAGGAUCGAUUCUUUCUGUUUUGUGUUGAAGUUGACAUUUUGGUUUGUUAAUAUUACUCACUUACACGUCACCAUAGUUUAUAGAUUUUAGAUUUUAGAUGCUUUGUUAUAGCAUACAGUGGAUUUUCUCAUAAAUUAUUUUGACAUUGAUUCACCACUUUAUAGUGUAUUAAACAAUUAGUGCCAGACUAACCCAAACUGUACGACGAUCACCGAUUCAACAUCUCGAAACGAUCUUAUACGAAAGCUAUGUUUUAAUUAAAUAAUAAAUAAACAA